GGAACCCAGAACACGGCCUCCUCCAAGCACCACACUGAGAACAACAGCAACCACGACACCCCCUACAACCACAAAAACCACUAUGUCCACAGAAUUGUCCACGGCCAGCACGCCAAAGACAACCCACACCCCCACAACACCUAAACCCACCAGCACUCCCACCACCACAUCACCCACCACCACGGAAACGACCACGCCUCCAUCGACAACAACCACUUCAGCUACAACUCACCCUGUCACUACCACAGGCCCCACAUCCAGAACAAAGACUCCUCCCAGUCCCACACCCAGAACAACACCAACCGCCUCACCCUCCACAACUACUAAAUCCACUGUGUCCACAGAAUCGUCCACAGCCAGCACGCCAAAGACAACCCCAACCCCAACAACACCCAAACCCACCACCAGGACCACAUCUCCCUCCACCACAUCGACCUCUCACCCUACCACUCCAACCACCCCCACCACAACCUCCACCAAAUCUACUCCAACAAGCACGCACACCCCAAUUACCACAAUAUCGCCCAUCACCCCCUUGCCAACGGUCACUCCUAUGCCAUUGACGACACCCACACCCGUCUCCUCCACGGCAACGCCUACAGUCACCUAUACCACUCCGCUAAGCACCACCACUCCCACCACCACUACACCAACCACCACGGAAACGACCACGCCUCCAUCCACAACGACCACUUCGACUACAACUCACCCCGUCACCACCACAGAAACAACCCACAGUACCGUCACGACACACACCCCACCAGCCCCCACACCCAGAACAAAGCCUUCUCCCAGCCCCACAACCAGAACAACACCAACCGCCUCACCCUCCACAACUACUAAAACCACUGUGUCCACAGAGUCGUCCACGGCCAGCACGCCAAAGACAACCCCAACCCCCACAACACCCAAACCCACCACCAAGACCACAUCUCCCUCCACCACAUCGACCUCUCACCCUACCACUCCAACCACCCCCAUCACAACCUCCACCAAAUCUACUCCAACAAGCACGCACACUCCAACUACCACAAUAUCGCCCAUCACCCCCUUGCCAACCGUCACUCCGAUGCCACCGACGACACCCACACCCGUCUCCUCCACGCCAACGCCGACAGUCACCUAUACUACUCCGCGAAGCGCCACCACUCCCACCACCACUACACCAACCACCACAGAAACGACCACGCCUCCAUCCACAAUGACCACUUCGACUACAACUCACCCCGUCACCACCACAGAAACAACCCACAGCACCGUCACGACACACACCACACCAGGUAAGGACCUAUCUCAGGAGGGAAGUCCUCUGUAUCCUUAUUUGCCUCUCUUUUGA